GUGCGAAAUAUGUCUUGAAGACCCCAAACGGACCUUGGCCAUGCUGAUCAUCCACGGCCAUGGCGUUCCCCUCCACCUUCAGGGCAACGUUCCGACCAUCGGGCCAUCCCACCGGCGUGGCAUCCGCGUCCCGGGCACCGGCGCUUUCCGGCGCCCACGCCGCGACCGGAGCGCCGCUGGGGCGGGCCGUGGGGACCGCCCUGGGGUGUCGGGCAUGGGGAUGGCGGAGGGGGAGGCCGAAGACCACCCAGCGCUGUUGGCCGGUGGUGUUCAGUGCAGCGGAGCCUGAGUUCCAGGAGUUCUUGGCAGAGGGACCGAUGGAGAAUGCAUAUGCGAAUUGUCCCUUGCGUGAGAUGAGCCAUCAGACGAGACGCAGGUUGUAUGUGGAUUGGGUCAGGAAGAUUCUUCAAGAUAUGUACCCACGAUCGAAGUUCGUGGAUCGAGAGCCUUCCAGUCGACGUGGAGAGGGAAGCGAUGAUGCGGGAGGGCCAGGGUAUGAUUUCAUGAGGGAUGGCCGAAAAGUGAAAGUUCAUGGUACUCUCAUUGCGAGCAAGGAGUGCAGCAAAAACAUAAUAUGUUGGGAAGCUUGUUUUCGCAAUAUUAUGCUCCCGUUGGGCCAUCGAACGCAUGCUCCCUUCGAUGACCUGUACCUUGUUCUAGCCUCUCCCGAUGGUUUGAUGCUGAUAAAGCAUGAUCUUUGUACUGGAAAGCGUUCAGAUGGAAAGCGUACUGAAGCUUUGGGUUGGCAGAUUGCAGUGCGUGGAAGCCGCAGUUAUACGUCCUGGCAAGAUGCCUGGCAUACCAUACGAGCGAAGUUUUGCCAGAAAGGCAGUUGCGAGCUACUAGGCCAUGACUCCUUUCAGGAUGCAGUUCUGAAAGAUCUUGUCGUGCAAUACCACAAUGGCUCAUCACAGAUCGUCGCUGGGAAGCCUCCUUUGUGGGACAUGAGCCCCGCAAAGAGAGCAUUGCGAAUACAAAAUAUUGCACGUGCCAUUGAUAAGAAGUUGAAUCCGGGAAGUCAGUUCACGCCUCACAGCAAUCAGGCAAAGGUGAGCUGGGUCAGAGAUAAGUCGUCUGUAAUGGUAAAGUCUGCCAAACUAAGCUUAGCGGGCAAUUAUUGCAAUUGGAUAAAUAUUCACUCGAAUUCUUUGGAUGAUGAUGUUGAGCUUUGGCUUGCAAUUUACAGUCAGCUGGGCAUCCAUAUCUACAUGUGCAGCUCUGUUGAUGACUUGCAUUUGGUGCAUCAGAAGCACGGUGGCCUUGCCCUUAAGAUAAGAUCAAAAGGGGCCGGCGACAACAGCAUACAGAAAGCGCUGCAAUCAGUGGAAGCAGAACUGCUGGCACGAGGAUGCAGUCGACUUUCUAUGGUGAAAUGGGAGACGUGACCAUCCCGCCUCCGCGUCGGGCCUCCUCGGCCGCUUCGCAGCUCUCUUUUCCCUUUUUUUCCGCCGGUCGCGUCGCGUCGCUCUCGACGCCGGCGACGCCGGGUGCAGCAGCUGCACCGCAUCGCCGCGCGCCGC